ACCCACACGCUACCACCACCGAGUUUCCCCCUCCCCCGCUCUUCCUCUCCUCCACUCUUUGAGGAAACAUCCAAGCGCUCCCUCCAUCUCAAGCGGCCAAGUACGAUUAUACAAGGCAGGAAAAAAAAUCAUAGAGUGACAACACAGUUUCGAGUUAGAUCUGAGCAAUGGGGGAGGAGAGGAUGACGGCGAAGCCCGAGGCCGUCGAGCUGCCAGGAUUUGUGAUGAGCGCCGACGAGGCGGAGCGCGCGGCCGCGGCGGCCGGCGUGGAGACGGUGGAGGACCUGCUGCCCCUGCUGAUCCCUUCCGCGAUGCGGCGCGCGCGCCCCCCGAUCUCGCGGUUCCCCGUGGGCGCCGUCGGGCUGGGCGAGAGCGGGCGCGUCUACGCCGGCGUGAACCUCGAGUUCGUCGGCGCCCCUCUCUCCCAGGCGGUCCACGCCGAGCAGUUCCUCAUCGCCAACGCCGCUGCCGCCGAGGAGCCCGCGCUCCGCGCCAUCGCCGUCUCCCACAUGCCCUGCGGCCACUGCCGGCAGUUCCUCCAGGAGAUCCGCGGCGCCGCCGGGAUCCGCAUCCUGGUGACCUCCGACGCCGCCGACGGCUGCGCGGCCGAGUGGCGCUCGCUGGCGUCGCUCCUGCCCCGCCCCUUCGGCCCCCACGACCUCCUCCCCAAGGACGCCCCCCUCGUCCUCGAGCCGCACGACAACCGUCUCGGCGAUCCCGUUGACGCCGCCGCCAAUGGCUUCGCCGCCGGCGACCUGGAGGGGCGCCUGAAGGAUGCCGCGGAGGCGGCGGCGCGCGCGGCGCACGCGCCGUACAGCGGGUGCCCGUCGGGGUUCGCGGUGGCGGACGGUGAAGGGAAGGUGUACGCCGGGGGCUGCCUGGAGUCCGCGGCGUACAACCCGACGCUGGGCCCCGUGCAGACGGCCAUCAUUGCGAUGAUUGCCGCCUCCGGCGGCUCCGCCGGCGAUGUGGUGGCGGCAGCGCUGGUAGAGAAGGAGGGGGCGGUGGCGGCGCAGGAGGCGACGGCCAGGGUCUUCCUGGCCGCUGUGGCGCCGCAGGCGAGCUUCCACGUGUACAAGUACAGGUCGUCCGAUGUGUGAUGCGCGCCUCUGGUGGUGAGAGCAGCAGGCGAGAUCGGACGAGAUAAUGUUCAUAAUCUUCAAGAAAGAAUAAUAUGACGGGAAAUAAUCUUGUGCAGAUGGGUGAGCUGUAAAUUCCACAUGGCGCUCGUGAUUCGCUGAUGGGACACCGAGAGCCGGGGCCUACUUACCAUUCUUGUGUUCAUGUGUGUAUUAUUAUGAGGAAAAUAUAAUACUCCUAGAAGUAAAAAUUCUCUGAACGGUGCCGUAAUAAACAGGUGGAGUAUUUCUUGGA